CUUAAUUUCGCUGCAGUGGGCGUCACCUAGGCAAGAAUUUUUUGACCAAACUAAUCGACCCAGCCUUUAGUUUCAAGAUACUGGGACACUCCUUGAUAAGACCCUCCGUUUUUAUUUACUCCGCAUAUUAGUUUUGGUCAAAGUCAAGCUUUACAAACUUUGACAAAGUUUAUAGACAAAAAUAUUAACAUAUAAAUAACAAAUCAAUACCAUUAGAUUCGUUGUUGAAUGUACUUCCACAUCAUAUAGAUUUGUUAUGCUAAAUAUUUAUAUUCUUUUCUAUAAAUUUGGUCAAACUGUACAAAGUUUGACUUCAGUCAACUCUAAUAUGCGGAGUAAAUAAAAACGGAGGGUACUACCUCCGUUCAUGAAUAUAAGAUGUUUUGGAUACUUCAAUAUAAACUACAUAUGGACUGAAAUGAGUGAACAAACGCACUAAAGUAUGUAUAUAUACGGAGGGAGUAGUACCUAGGAGUAAUUAAUAGAGUAAUGACGUCCCAGCUCCCACCGGUGAAGGGCUGAAGGCAAUUUCUGCCGUUGAGCACAGGUUUGGCCCGUUCUCCACCCGAGGACUGCGGCACUAUCCAGACAUUAUCGGACCUUCAGACAACCGCCGACAUAUAUACAGUAUUUCAGUCGUAUUCGGGUCCUUUAAAGCCAGUCGUACUCGGGUCCUUUAAAGCCGUGACGACUAGGCGGCCGGCACUCUACUGUACCCCAACGGCUGCUGUCGUGUGGCUGGCUUCCUUAUCAUGCUUGCUCCCUUCCGCCGAGGCAGCAUUUCCUCGUCUCAAAAAUAGAGCAGCAACUCUAGUUUCUUCGCACCACCAUGCCGAACCCGAUCAUCGUCGUCGCCUACGGCCUCCUCCUGCUCCUCCCCCUGCGCAAUCCCGCCUGCCGUGCCGCGACGGACACCAUCUCAGCCGGGCAGGUGCUCGCCGGCAAGGACACGCUCGUCUCCAGCAACGGCAAGUUCGCGCUGGGCUUCUUCCAACCGAAUAGUAAGUCCUCGCGCCAUGCUUCCAACUGGUACCUGGGCGUAUGGUUCAACACAGUCCCAAAGUUCACUCCGGCGUGGGUGGCCAACGGAGAUAAGCCUGCCACUUCGCCGGAGCUCGCAAUCUCCGGCGACGGGAACCUGGUCAUCAUAGACCAGAGCACCAAGUCCAUCAUCUGGUCUACCCAGGCCAACACCACAGCAAACAGCACUAGAGCCAUGCUACUGAAAACCGGUAACCUCGUCCUGCAAAGCACCUCAAACUCUUCUCAUGUCUUGUGGCAAAGCUUUGACUACCCGACGGAUACUCAUCUCGCCGGCGCAAAGCUUGGCCGAGACAAGGUCACCGGCCUGAACCGCCGUCUUGUCUCCAGAAAGAACAUGAUAGACCCUGCUCCUGGGAUGUAUGUUUACGAGUUGCAUGAGAAGAACGGUUCUGCCCGGUUCAGUCUUGCAGCACUGAACUCGUCCAUGCCAUACUGGUCCAGUGGAGAAUGGAACGGGCACUACUUUGGUUCUAUACCAGAGAUGUCAGGCCGCCAGUUGAUUGACUUUACGUUCGUCAACAACGAACAAGAGGUGUAUUUCACAUAUACCUUGCUGGAUGACACGACCAUCAUGCGUUUUGCGCUGAAUAACUCUGGUCAGGUCAAGAUACUCUUGUGGGUUGAGCGUGCACAGGAUUGGGUACCAGCCUACACCAACCCCAACGACCAUUGUGAUGUAUAUGGCAUCUGUGGGCCUUUCACGAUCUGCGAAGAGGACAAGCUUCCUUACUGCAGCUGUAUGGAGGGCUUCUCCAUAAGAUCCCCUGAUGACUGGGAGCUAGAAGAUCGAACAGGCGGCUGCAUGAGAAAUGCCCAAUUAGAUUGCAGAAUCAACGAAAACACAAGUAUGCAAGACAGGUUCUACUCCCUGCCAUGUGUCGGUUUGCCCGACAAUGGCCGCAAGAUAGGAGAUGCUACAAAUGUAGCUGGAUGUGCACAAGUUUGUCUGCGCAACUGCAAUUGCACUGCAUAUUCCUAUGGUUACAACGGAUGUUUUGUUUGGGAUGAUGAAUUAACCAAUGUGAAACAGCAACGAUGUGGUGAUAUUGGUAACAAUAACCAAGCUACUCUUUACCUCCGCCUUGCCGACAAAGAGGUGAAAAGGUUGGGAAGGAACAGGCGACGGAUAAUCAUUGGCAGUGCCGUUGGUGCAAGUGUUGCUCUAUUUGGUUUGUUGUCACUCUUCUUUCUACUGAUGACUAGGAGGAUGUGUGCUCGCAGGAUGAAAAACCUUCAAGGUGAUGGUGGCAUUAUCAUGUUCAGGUAUGCUGAUUUGCAACGUGCAACAAAAAACUUCUCUGAGAAGCUAGGGACAGGUGGUUUUGGUUCUGUAUUCAAGGGGGUUCUAAAUGACUCGUCUGCAAUAGCAGUUAAAAGGCUUGAUGGUGCUCGUCAAGGCGAGAAGCAAUUCAGAGCUGAAGUGAGAUCAAUUGGGACCAUUCAGCAUAUCAAUUUAGUUAAACUAAUUGGUUUCUGUACCGAGGGUGAUAGGAGGCUGAUUGUCUAUGAACACAUGCAAAAUCGUUCUCUUGAUGCCCAUUUAUUUCAUAGUAAUGCUACAGGCUUAAAAUGGAGCAUCAGGUAUCAAAUUGCUAUCGGAGUUGCUAGAGGACUGGCCUACUUGCAUGAUAGUUGCAGGGAUUGUAUUAUACAUUGUGAUAUUAAGCCAGAGAACAUACUCCUCGAUGCAUCAUUUGCUCCAAAGAUCGCAGACUUUGGGAUGGCAAAGUUUCUUGGAAGGGACUUUAGUCGAGUUCUCACUACAAUGAGAGGAACUAUAGGAUAUCUUGCACCUGAAUGGCUUAGUGGAACUCUUAUUACAGCAAAAGUUGAUGUAUACAGCUAUGGCAUGGUUCUGUUGGAAAUUGUAUCAGGAAAGAGGAACUCAGGUAGACAGUGUACAACCGAUGACGAUGAUGUCUAUUUCCCUGUGCAAGUCGCAAAUAAACUACUGCAGGGGGGUGCGGGAAGUUUGAUGGACAGCAAUCUGCACGAUGAUGUCCAUUUGGACCAGGUGGAAAGAGCUUUGAAGGUUGCGUGUUGGUGUAUUCAAGAUCAUGAGUUUGAUCGACCCACAAUGGGUGAAGUAGUUCAAUAUCUUGAAGGUGUUCUUGAAGUCAACAUACCCCCAAUGCCAAGACUACUUGAAGCUAUUGCAGGGAAUGCACACUCGAAAUCCGAUUGGUACCUGGACCAAGCUUCACAGGAGGGGGGACAGAAAGAUGAUGGAGGCAGUGAGCCACACCAGGCAGCUCACCCAUGACAUGAACAUAGGUUGCUGCAGUCAUGGAGCAGAGUUUCCCUUCAGUGAUUGUCUAAAUCAUGAAAUGACAGUGACAACUUA